ACCUGUUGGGGCUGACCAGGGCCCAGACUGGCCUCUCAUCCCUUCCCUCCCGCGUCUGGGCUCGGCCCCCGGCCCGCCCCUUCCCGCGCCCUUUUGCGUCUCCCCGGCCUUCGCCAACCUGCUGGAAUCCACUGGGCCUCCAGCCCCCGGCCCGCCCCUUCCAGCGGUCUGCGCCGCCGAUCCGCCGCUCGGGCUGCCACUCCCGCGCCUGCAGCCCGGGCCGCGGGGACCGUGGAUCUGGGCGGGCGGCUCGGCAGCCACCGGGUAAGUUCGGGACGUGCAGCGGUCAGUGCGUCGCUAGAGAACUUUCCAGAUCCACGGCCCCGCGAUGGGGCAGGCCAGGCUGAGGCUGCUGCUGGGGCUGCUGCUUCCGGCGCUCUGCGGAGGAGCUGUUGAAGAAGAAGAAAGCAAACCAGAGCAACCAUUCCCAGGACCUUUUCCAGGAAGUCUAUCAGCUGACCACAGGCCAUUUUCCUCACCUCACUCCAGUGGGUACCAGCCUGCCUUGACGCACUCACUAUCCCAUACUGGAAGACCAUAUCCAGCACACACAGCCAUUCCCCAUGUGACCUCUGCCGCAUCAAAGCACCUACCUCCUGUUGCAUUUAAUCACACAAUUGGACACAUAAUACUUUCAGAACAUAAAAAUGUCAAAUUUAAUUGCUCAAUCAAUAUUCCUAAAAUGUAUCAAGAAACUGCUGGUAUUUCUUGGUGGAAAGAUGGAAAGGAAUUGCUUGGGGCACAUCAUUCAAUUAUACAGUUUUAUCCCGAUGAUGAAGGGAUAUCAAUAAUUGCCUUGUUCAGCAUAGCCAGUGUGCAGCGCUCAGACAAUGGGUCAUACAUCUGUAAGAUGAAAGUGAACAAUGAAGAGAUCGUAUCUGACCCUAUCUACGUGGAAGUUCAAGGACUUCCUCACUUCACCCAGCAACCUGAGAGCAUAAAUGUCACCAGAAACACAGCCUUCAACCUCACCUGCCAGGCCGUGGGCCCUCCUGAGCCCGUCAACAUCUUCUGGAUUCAAAAUAGCAGCCGUGUUAAUGAAAAGCCUGAAAGGUCCCCCUCUGUCCUAACCGUUCCUGGUCUGUCCGAGACAGCAGUCUUCAGCUGUGAGGCCCACAAUGAUAAAGGGCUGACUGUGUCCAAGGGUGUGCAGAUCAACAUCAAAGCAAUUCCCUCCCCACCAACGGAAGUCCAUAUCCACAACAGUACAGCACACAGCAUCCUGGUCUCCUGGGUCCCAGGUUUUGAUGGAUACUCCCCCUUCCAGAACUGCAGCAUUCAGGUCAAGGAAGUUGACCAGCUGAGUAAUGGCACAGUCAUGAUUUUUAACACCUCUGCUUCACCACAUCUGUAUCAAAUCCAGCAGCUGCAAGCCCUGGCUAAUUACAGCAUCGGUGUGUCCUGUAGGAAUGAAAUAGGCUGGUCCACAGUGAGCCCUUGGAUUCUGGCCAGCACAACUGAAGGAGCGCCAUCAGUAGCACCUUUAAACGUCACUGUGUUUCUGAAUGAAUCUAACAAUAAUGUGGAUGUCAGAUGGAUGAAGCCUCCAAUUAAGCAGCAGGAUGGGGAACUGGUGGGUUACCGGAUAUCUCACACAUGGCAGAGUGCCAGGACUUUGAAAGAGCUUUCUGAGGAAGUCGGCCAGAAUGGUAGCUGGGCUCAGAUUCCUGUCCAGAUUCACAACGCCACCUUCACAGUGAGGAUCGCAGCGGUCACAAGAGGGGGUGUUGGGCCCUUCAGCGAGCCAGUGAAAAUAAUUAUUCCUGCACAAAAUGAGGUAGAUUAUGCGCCCUCAUCAACUCCAGCGCCUGGCAACACCGAGUCUGUGCUCAUCAUCCUUGGCUGCUUUUGUGGAUUUGUGUUAAUUGGGUUGAUUUUAUAUAUUUCUAUGGCCAUUAGAAAAAGAGUCCAGGAGACAAAGUUUGGGAGUGCAUUCGAAGAGGAGGAUUCGGAAUUAGUUGUAAAUUACAUAGCAAAGAAGUCCUUCUGUCGGAGAGCCAUCGAACUUACCUUACACAGCUUGGGAGUGAGCGAGGAGCUGCAAAAUAAACUGGAAGAUGUUGUAAUUGACAGGAGUCUUCUAAUUCUUGGAAAAAUUUUGGGUGAAGGAGAGUUUGGCUCUGUACUGGAAGGAAAUCUGAAGCAGGAAGAUGGGACUUCUCAGAAGGUGGCAGUGAAGACAAUGAAGUUGGACAACUUUUCGCAACGGGAGAUUGAGGAGUUUCUCAGUGAAGCGGCGUGCAUGAAAGACUUCAGCCACCCAAACGUCAUCCGGCUUCUAGGUGUGUGCAUAGAAAUGAGCUCUCAAGGCAUCCCAAAGCCCAUGGUGAUUUUACCCUUCAUGAAAUAUGGGGACCUGCAUACGUAUUUGCUGUAUUCCCGAAUAGAAACAGGACCAAAGCACAUUCCCCUGCAGACCCUGCUGAAGUUCAUGGUGGACAUUGCCCUGGGAAUGGAGUAUCUGAGCAACAGGAAUUUUCUCCAUCGGGAUUUAGCAGCUCGAAAUUGCAUGUUGCGGGAUGACAUGACUGUCUGUGUGGCAGACUUUGGCCUCUCUAAGAAGAUUUACAGUGGUGAUUACUACCGCCAAGGCCGCAUAGCCAAGAUGCCUGUGAAAUGGAUUGCCAUAGAGAGCCUUGCAGAUCGAGUCUACACAAGUAAAAGUGAUGUGUGGGCUUUUGGCGUGACCAUGUGGGAAAUAGCAACCCGGGGAAUGACGCCCUAUCCUGGAGUCCAGAACCAUGAGAUGUAUGACCACCUUCUCCACGGCCACAGGCUGAAGCAGCCCGAGGACUGCCUGGAUGAACUGUAUGACAUCAUGUACUCUUGCUGGAGUGCUGAUCCCCCAGACCGACCCACCUUUUCAGUGUUGAGGGUACAGCUAGAAAAGCUCUUAGAGAGCUUGCCUGAUUCGCAAGACAAAGCAGCCGUCAUCUACAUCAACACACAGCUGCUGGAGAGCUGUGAGAGCCUGGCUGAGCAAGCACUCGCUAGGCUAGAUAUGAACAUCAAUCCUGACUCCAUCAUUGCCUCUUGUACUCCCAGUGCUGCCAUCAGCGUGGUCACAGCAGAAAUUCAUGAGAACAACCCUCAUGAGGAGAGGUACAUCCUGAACGGGGGGAGUGAGGAAUGGGAAGACAUGGCCUCAGCUCCCUCUGCUUUGGUCACACCUGGAAAGGACAGUGUUUUACCAGAGGACAGACUCACCAGGAAUGGGAUCUCGUGGUCUCACUGCAGCACACUACCUUUGGGGACCCCAUCAUCAGAUGCACUUUUGUUUGCUGAUGACUCCUCAGAGGGCUCUGAAGUGCCAGUGUGAGGCAAGCUGCAUGGACAUGUGACAAAACCAAGCAAGUUCUCCUGCUUUAUGCUUGUUAUGCCUGAUGUUUUGGGUAUUUGUUUUCCUUACUAAGUAAAGUCCGUGACCCAAGAGCGCAGGUGAAUGCUAUCAAGUCAGUCUUCAUUAUAAAUUCAUAAGAGAGGGCUGGAGAGAUGGCUCAGCCUUUAAGAGCUUAUCCUGCUCUUCCAGAGGACCCAAGUUCUGUUCCCAGCUCCCUUAUUGGGCGGCUCAGCUCCAGCUCCAGGGGAUCGAAUAUCCUUUUCUGACCUCCCAGGGCACCGGCACACACAUGGCAUUCAUUCGCAGACAAACACACAGACACAUAAAUUAAAAUCAAUCUAAAAAAUGAAUAAAUAAAUACAUAGCAGAGCUGAGUGUGCGCCUAACCUGUGGGUUGCCCUGGUUUCCAUCCCAAGACCCACAAAAAGCACAAAAUAAAAAUACAGAGGCUAGGGAAAUUGCUCAGUUGGUAAAUUGCUUGCCUUGUAAGCACUAGGACAUGAGU